AUGUCCGCUGUCGACACCGAGGUCGAGGCCUCAAACUCAGAAUUGGAACAGCUUCUUUUGCCCAAUCAUCCAUCGUUUACAACAGAAGACCCUCUAGGAUUCUCGGAUAUAGAUGAAUAUCCGGUUCCAGUCUAUUCAAUUCUUGAAUCUCUUCUCUUCCGCAAGUUUGAAUCAAUCUCUCAGAUUAUUCCUCCAGAAGCUUUAACAAGCGAAUUCGUCUCCGUAGUAUCAGAUCUUUCAUACACCCUCCACAACCGUCCAGAUCCCAAUCUAAAUAUUGUAAAAUCCUGUAUAUCUGAUUUACCAGAUUCUAUAACCUAUAUUCAAUCAAUAGUGCAUUCCGCAUCAAAACUACCCAUUCUAUUCCCAUCCGGAUCUCUGCAUCCCCUCAAUCCAGGAGAGACAAGAGCAUACACCAAAGCCCAUUUAUCAUCUAUCCUCUCUCAUCAAUCUCUAUUAACUCUACCCUCUCCUAAAUGGAACGACUGGGGUGGUGUAAACCUUACACCAUGGUAUUCAGAUGCCGACGGUAUUACUGAACCAAAGAGGACAUACACCAACAUCACCCUCGACUACUUCAAACAAUCCACAGCACCCUCAAAUCAAUCCCAAGAAUUCCUUUUCCAUCUUUUCCAUAACCAGAUUCCCCCAUCCCUUACCGCAAAAACCGCAUUAAUACCUCUCAAAAUACUUGAACUCCCCAUCGAAGAGGACUUCCCGAAAACUACACUGCCCGUCGACAAUGUCCACAUAACAUACAUCAUAUCAUCCCACAAACUUAUCGGCCAUGGCCCUUCAGCGACUCAGGAGGAAAGAAUACUCGCUAGUAUACCUGAACUCCUACCGGUUUCUACAUUUACACCCCCAUUGAAAGAAAAAACCGCAUUGGCGGUUACAGCUUCCGCAGAGGGUGGGUUUAUACCCACAGCAGUAUUUACGGGACACGGAAGAACCGCGCGAAAGGAUAAUAGUUAUAACCGUGAGGACUACGAAGGCGAGAAUAAGGAGAAAAGGAUACGAGCCAAUACUUUCUUGUUUCUUAACGCUACAGAGUUAGAUACCGUUGAAGUUCCUGAGGUAACAGGCGGUGAAAGUGGGAUGUUGCCAGAUUUCCUACCGGGUGUUUUGCAAAAGGAUUUGUUGAAAGCAUAUACUGGGUUCUUUGGUGUAUUUGAUUCACAGGCAAGGAAAGGAGAAAAGAGGAACCAAAGGAUUGUAGCGACGCCGUGGGGAAGUGGUGCUUUUGGUGGUGAUGUUAGAGUGAAGCUGUUGAUAUUAUGGGUUGCUGCUAGUUUUGCAGCCACAAGGUUGGAGGAGGGGCAGAAAGCAGAGUUGGUGUUUUUGGUGAAGCGGUUUGUAGUUGAUGCUAAAGAGGUUUGGUGGAAAGAAAUGUUAAAUAAGGUUCAAGAUAGUGGGCUUGGGGCAGACGAUGUAUGGAGGGCAUUGUUGGAGAUGGAGGAGAAUAGUACUGCAGAUAUUAACGUUUUGGAGGGUAUUGUCAACGCCUUGGGUUUGGAACGCCCGCACGUCAUGUAA